AUGGAGGAAUAAUUAUACAAAAUCGUCAUAGUUGGGAAUAGUGCUGUUGGUAAAUCUUCAUUGCUAAUUCGUUUCUGUGAUGAUUAAUUCAGAGAUAUGUAUCUUAGUACAAUUGGAGUUGAUUUUCGUUUCAAAUCUCUGAGGGUUAAUGGAUAGGGAGUUAAAUUGUAAAUAUGGGAUACAGCUGGUUAAGAAAGAUUUAGAAAUAUUACUAACUCCUAUUAUAAAGGAGCAUAAGGAAUAGUGGUAGUUUAUGACAUCACAAGCCUUAAGUCUUUUGAGGAUAUCCGUAAAUAUUGGAUGAAUGAACUUAAUCACUAUGCAGAUGAAAAUGUUUUGUUGAUGCUCUUAGGCAAUAAAAGCGAUUUAGCGACUGAUGAGUCUAGACAAGUAACUACAGUUAUGGCUGAAGAAUUGGCCAAAGAAUUCAAUCUAAAAUUCUUUGAAGUAAGUGCAAAAACAAGUGACUAAGUUGAAGCUGCUUUUCAAGCUUUUACUUAAUAAAUCUAAGAAACAGGAAUUGCCGGAAAGGUAAGAAAACCACAACCCUAAUAAUUUUUACAAACUCCAGUGCCUUAAGAAGAAAAACCCAAAAAGUAGGAUGGCUGUUGCUGAUAUUUAUGUUAUAUUUUAAGACAAUAUUCCAAUAUAUCUGGAGAAUUAUACCCUAAAUC